CCUUUAAGAAGGAUGGAUCUGUUAGAGUUUGGAGAGGCUCUGACCUUCUUCAGAACAAGCAAGGCUGAGCUGCUUCUGCUACAGGCCACGGCCUUUGAUGCCAAGACUCAUUAGAAAAAGAAAUGCUGGAUUCAUGAUAGCAAGAACACUUACAUUGAGGUUGAGAUUAAGGGGAGUGGAGAUGAUGGCAAAAUAAUUGUUGAGACAACAGAUGGAAAGAUAAAUCUGGAUAUUAAGGAGGAGGAAGUUCAGCAGAUGAAUCCUCCACAGUUCAACAUGGUUGAAGACAUGGCCAUGCUGACUCACCUCAGAGAAGCUGAUGUGCUACAUACCUUGAAGGGGUGCCAUGGCCACUGAGUGAUCUACAUUUCUAUAUAUACCUAUUCUGGUCUCUUCUGUGUGAGCAAGCCCCACAUAUGGCUUCCAGUGCAUCAGAAAGAAGUGGUGGUGGCUGCCUACAAAGGGCUGAGGUGAUCAGAGGCCCCUCACAUCCUCGGUGUUGCCGAGAACGCCUUUCAGGAUACGCUUCACAAUUGAGAGAAUCAGUCUGGAGUCUUCACAGGAGAAUCUGGUGCUGGAAAGACUGUGAACACAAAACACAUUAUCCGAUAUUUUGCCACCAUAGCAACCAUGAGUGAAUCUAAGGAAAAGCUCGGGACUUUAGAAGAUCAAAUCAAACAAGUGAACCCUAUCUUGGAAGCAUUUGGAAAUGCCAAAACCUUGAGAAAUGACAAAUACUCUCAUUUUGGCAAAUUCAUCAGGAUGCACUUUUGUGCCAGAGGCCAGCUGUCAUCUGCAGACAUCGACAUCUAUUUGUUUGAAAAGUCCUGGUUGAUUUUUCAGCAGCCUGGAGAGAGGAUCUACCAUGUAUACUAUCAGAUUUUGUUCAGAAAAAGAGAACAUCAUACGGUACUCCUGGUGUCUGAAAAGCCCUCUGACUUCCAUUUUUGCUGUCAUGGAGAAGUUGCCAUGGAGAGCUCAGAUGAUGCUCAAGAAUUACCAGCCACAGAUCAAACGAUGGACAUCUUGGGCGUUCUUCCUGAAGAGAAGUAUGGAUCCUAUAAACUCACUGCAGCCAUCAUGCACUUGGGAAACAUGACAUUUAAACAGAAACUCAGAGAAGAGCAAGUGGAAGCAGAUGGCACAGAAAGUGUUGAGAAAGCUGCUUUCCUCAUGGGCAUUAACUCCUCUGAGUUGGUGAAGGGCUUGAUUCAUCCUAGAAUGAAAGUUGGUAAUGGAUAUGUUACUAGAGGUCAAAAUAUAGAACAAGUGACCUCUGCUGUUGGUGCCUUGUGCAAGCCAAUAUAUGAAAGGCUGUGUAAGUGGCUGGUGACAUGUAUCAACAGGGCCCUGGAAGCCAGGCAGUUCUUCAUUGGCAUUCUGGACAUCACUGGUUUUGAAAUCCUUGAUUAUAACAGCCUUGAGCAACUUUGCAUUAAUUUAACCAAUGAGAAAUUACAACCAUUCUUCAAUCAGCACAUGUUAGUUCUGGAGCAAGAGGAAUCUAUAAAAGAAGGCAUUGACUGAAUGUCCAUGGAGUUUGGUCUGGAUUUGCAAGCCUGCAUAGAUCUUGUUGAGAAACCAAUGGAAAUCUUUUUUAUCCUUGAAGAGGAAUGUAUGUUUUCUCAGGUUACAGAUGUAACUUUCAAGACCAAACUUUUUGACAACAAUUUUGGAAAGUCAGUUCAUUUCCAGAAGCCCAAGCCUGAUAAGAAGAAGAAAUAUGAAGCUUACCUUGAACUUGUCCAUUAUGCGGAAGUGGUGCCUUAUAACAUCAGUGUCUGGCUUAAAAAAAACAAAGACAUUCUUAAUGAAAGGGUGGUGGCUAUAUUUCAGAAGUCAUCUAACAAACUCUUGGCAAAUCUUUUUGAAAAUUACUUCAGUACUGACAGUGCACACCCUUUUGAGGAAAAUAAACACAAGAAGGGAGCUUCAUUCCAAAUGGUUGCAUCUCUGCAUAAAGUAAUUUUUAAUUGCAUCUAUUUAUAUAUUAAUUAUCCCACAAUCUGCAUACAUUAUUACUUACUUGAAAUUUUACAUCUUCAAAUAAGAAUAAAUAAAUUGAUGACUAACCUAAAAUCAACAGCACCUCAUUUUGUGAGGUGUAUAAAGCCCAAUAUAAACAAAAUGCCAGGUAUAGUGAACCCUCACUUAGAUCUACAGCAGCGGCACUGUAAUGGUUUCUCCGAAGGGAUUAAGAUAUGCCGAGAAGGUUUCCCAAUGACUGCUGAUUUUAAACAAAGGUACUUCAUUCACCUCAUCUUGGCCUUUACUAAUGAUUCUAAAAAAAUUUUUUGUCUGGCUUUUUUGGGCCAACUGGAAGCAAUGAAAGAUGAAAGAUUAUCUAAAGUCUUCACAUUGUUCCAAGCCACAGUAUGGGGCACACUGAUGCAAAUUGAAUUCCAGAGGACUCUGGAAGAGAGGGAUGCACUUCUUCUGAUCCAAUGGAACUUGAGAACUUUCAUGACUGUGAAGAACUGGCCCUGGAUGAGGCUCUUCUUCAAGAUCAAGCCUCUUGUUAAAUCUGCCUGGAUGGGAAAGGAGGUAGCUAGAUUGAAGGAAGAGUGUGUGCAACUGCAAAGAGCCUUGGAGAAAUCAGAAUCUCAGAGGGAGAAACUGAUGGAAGCCAAACAAGUCUCCCUCAUCUGGGAAAGGAAUGAUCUGCUUUUUUAGCUGCAGGCUGUGAAGCAAGAGACCCUGGCAAAUGUUGAAGAGCAGUGCGAGUUGCUGAUUAAAUCCAAGAUCCAGCUGGAGGCUAGAGUCGAGGCACUGUCUGCAUGGGUGGAAAAAGAGGGGAAGAUAAAUUCUGAGCUGACUGCCAGGAGGCGGAAACUCAAAGAUUAAUGUUCUGAGUUUAAGAAAGAAAUCGAUGACCUGGAAACAAUAUUGGUGAAGUCACAGAAGGAGAAGUGUGCUACAGAGCACAAGGUCAAGUACUAGAGUGAGGAAAUGGAAUUUCUAAAUGAGAAUAUCAUCAAACUUAACAGAACAGCCAACGAUGCACAGGAGGCCAGUCAGCAGACCCUGGGUAACCUGUACACGGAGCUGGAGAAACUCAGCAACCUGAGCAAAGCCAACUUGAAACUGGAACAGCAACUUGAUGAUGCCCUUGAGCAAGAGAAAAAGGUGAGAAAAUGUGAAAGGGAAAAGUGCCAAUUGGAGGGUGAUUUCCAGCUGCACCAGGAGAGUGUGCACCUGGAGAGCAGCCAGCUGCAGCUUACAGGAAAGCUGAGAAAGAAAGAAUUAUAAAUGAGUCAGAUGAAUUCAAAGGUGGAGUAUGAGAAAGGCCUGGUGGCUCAGCUUCAGCAGAUGGUUGAAGAGCUUUAGACUCAAAUACAGCAUUUGAAAGAGGAGCUAGAAGUUAGAAGGACCAUUCAAACCAAAAUAGAGAGGGACAGAGCUGACCUCACCCAAGAACUGGAAGACUUGAAUGGGAGGCUUGGUCAGACAGGAGGGGGCCAGUUUGGCCAGCUGGAGAAAAUAAAGAGACAGGAAACAAAAUUACAGAAGCUUUGCAGGGAUAUGGAAAAUGCCAUACUGCACUUGAAGAAGAGACAUGCUUAUAUCCUGGCUGAUAGAAAAAGCUAAGUAGAAGAUCUGUAAGUCAAACAGAAACAGAGAAAAGAUAAGAGUGUCUUGCAGCUAGAAGUGGAUGACCAUGUUGAGCAGAUGACCCGAGUUAAGUGCUUGAAUGAAGCAAAUGUAAAACUAUAUAAAGUAACUCAUCUGGCAAAUGACCUGACAGCACAGACGACAAGGCUAUGGAGUGAGAACAAUGAGUUCCUAAGGAGGCUGGAAGAAAAGGAGGAUCUGAUAAACCAACUUUCCAAGGAGAAAGGCACCUCCAUUUGAAGAAUUGAAGGAUUGAAAGGACAACUGGAAGAGGAUACUAAAUCACAAAGUGUCCUAGCCCAGUACCUGCAGUCAACCAAGCAUGACUGUGACCUUCUGUGAGAGUAAUAUGAAGAACAGGAGGCCAAGACUGAGCUGCUCUGGGCUCUCUCCAAAGGCAAUAGCUGAAUGCUGCAGUGGAGAAUGAAGUAUGAAGCCAUCCAGAGAACUGAAGACUUGGAGGAUGCCAAGAAGAAGCUGGCGAUUAGGUUGCAGGAGGCUGCUGGAGCCAUGGGGGUGGCCAAUGCCAGAAAUGACUCCCUGGAGAGGACCUAUAUCAUUUACCACCUGCAGCUCAACCUGGGGGAUGCCUGGGACCUGGGGAAGGCCUGCCCUAUAGCAGCCGUGUUGGACCAGAAGCAGCAGUACUUUGUCAAGUGCCUGGACUUCUGGAGGCAGAGACUCGAGGAAUCUCAGGCAAAGCUGGAUGCCUCUCAGGAGGAGGCUGGGCCUUCAACACUGAGCUCCAAGCUCAGGCACACUUGUGAGGAGAGAACUGUGAGCCAGGAAUCCUUCCAGAGGGAGAACUAGUCUCUACAGGAAGAGAUUUCUAAUCUGGCAAAUUGACUGAGAGAAGAAAACAAGAAGUUAAGUGAAAUGGAAAAGGUGAAUAAAGAGAUUGAACAAGAGAAGGCUAAAGUCCAGGUGGUGCUGGAAGAAGCACGAUUUCAGGGAGCUCUGAAAUGUAAUGAAAGCAAGAAUCUUCAUUUCGAGCUUGAACUCUCAGAUACUAAAGCUGAACUUGAAUGAAAGCUUUCAGAAAAAGAUGAAAAAAUAGAAAAUUUUGGGAAGAAACAGCAGUGUGCUAUUGACUCUCUGCAGUCUAGUCUGGAUUCUGAAACUAGGAGCAGAAUUGAGGCUACCCAGCUGAAGAGAAACAAAGAAGAGUUCCUCAAUGAGAUGGAACUCCAGCUUAGCUGGUCAGAGGCAACCAAGUCUCUGGGUCAACUUCAGAUUGAAAUCAAGGCCCUGUGGGUGCAGCUAGAUGACUGUACACACCUGAAUAGUGAGCUGAAGGAGCAGGAGGCUGUGGCUCAGCGGUGCAACUUUCUUCUCCAGUCUCAACUAGCAGAACUGAGGUCCUUGCAAGAGCAGACAGAAUGUGGGUGCAGGUAGGUAGAGGAAGAGCUCCUGGAAGCCACAGAAAGAAUGCAUCUUUUACAUACCCAGAAUACAGGUCUCCUCAGCCAGAAGAAGAAACUGGAGGUUGAUGUUGUCAGGAUGCAGGAGGAAGCCGGAGAAGCCAUGCGGAGCUGUCGAAAUGCAGAAGAGAAGGCCAAGAAUGCAGCUGCUGAGGUAGCAAACAUGUCAGAAGAACUGAAAAAGGAUCAAGAUGCCAAUGCCCACUUAGAGAAGAUGAGAAAUAAUAUGGAACAGACAAUUAAAGACUUACAAAAAAGGAUAGAUGAAGCUGAACAGAUGGCCCUGAUGGGGAGUAGAAAGCAAAUCCAGAAACUAGAAUCCAGGAUAGGACAUGUGGUCUGAGAUCAUGAUUGCUUGCGGAUUUGUGAACUGGAAGGCGAAAUCUGUCGCAAUGCAGAGGCACGGGGAGCCUACAGGCUGGAGUGAUGCAUCAAAGAGCUGACUUACCAGGUAGAGGAAGGAAAAAAAAAUCUGAGCAGGAUGCAGACUCUGAUGGAUAAUCUUCAGCUAAAAGUGCAAAGUUACAAGCAGCAAAUUGAGGCGGUGGAAGCACAAGCCAAUCAAUAUCUUUCCGAGUAUAAGAAGCAGCAACAUGAGUUGAAUGAAGCUCAGGAAAGGGCAAAGAUAGCAGAAUCUCAAGUCAAUAAAAUCAAGAUUAAAAUGGAAGAGUUUGGAAAAAAAAGGUUCACGGACUGUGCUUCCCCAGCAUCCAGCAGAGCCCCAAUUCGAAAUUCCUACUGUGCCUACAGCCUCAACUCCCCUAAUCCUGGACCCUAA